GUCUGUAAACAACAAUUGAGGGGGUUGGGGAGCACAAAAUUUGACACGAGUAUAAUCAACCCUAUCUCCUUCCUAGCCUAGCUCGAGAUCUCCCCGAUACCAGCCGCAGCCUCCUUCCUUCCGAUUAAACAUAAAUUAAACAACUUUCUCCCAAAAUUUUGAAAUAUUAUAAAAUCAUUCUCUUGUAUAAACUUUAACCUCCAAUCUAAAAUCACAUUCGUUCCCCCCGGAUCGUAUAUCAGUUGGUUGGAUUGAAUGCCGUACUGGAAUAAGUGAUUGAAAUCCUACAUAUCAUCCCUUACCGCUCGUAAAAAUGAAGUUAGGACGCCUCCACCUGAAAUGCAGAAGAGCUCCUACGAGUGCAUUUCCGGCACUUGCAUGCACGCGAGGUUUUCGAUCAAAUGCCGCACUGGAAGCACUAACCAAAGCCUCUGAAAACAAAACCCAAAACAUUGUGCUCUACAACUACCCUUCUUUCUCUGCUGCUUACUCUGCUCUCUUUGCAUAUCUCUUUCACUCCCAUCUUCAGUCACCCUGCCUCGUUCUCCCGUUUUCGGCGGUUGAACCCCUCAGGGUUGAAGAUGUAUGCAUUGAUGGGCUUAAGACGUGUUAUUUUCUUGAUUUUCUUGGACCGAGAGGGUUUGCUGCUGAGCUUUCUCGGAGAACGAUGUGCCAGGUGAUAGCAUUUGAUCAUAGAAAAUCUGUGGUCUCCAAGAUUACUAUACCAGAAGACUGUAGUCAAAACCUCAUUUUUCAUAUGGACACCGAGAGGAGCAGCUCUACCAUCGCGUAUGAGUAUUUCUCUGCUAAACUAUUAGAGAUGAGAUCUAAUGAUGCUGAGAUCAUAAAUCUGCUGAGCUGGAAGGAACAAGAUCGUGUGGAGAAGGUUCUCAAGUAUAUUGAGGAUUUAGACCUCCGCAGAGGGACACUGGAAGAUGUUAAGGCGUUCAGUAUCGGGCUUAGCGAGUGUCGUUCACAUUUAAACUGCAUCAUUAAUCCACAUAUGUACAAACAGUUACUCAAAAUAUGCGCCAAGGAUUUGAUUAGCAAGGGGAAUUCUCAAAUUCGUACUCGACAGGAAGAAGCAAUAAAGUUUCUGGACAGGGUAUUUAGAGUUCGGCUUGGCAGAGGAUUUUACGGGGACUGUCUGGGAGUUCGGGCAGAUGGAAAUCCAAGUUUAAGUGAUGAAAUUGGCAAAGAACUUAGCAGAAGAAGUUCUGCAGCUGGAUUAAGGCCUAUAGGAGCUGUUAUAUACAUGCAAGGGAAAAAUUUGAAGAUGUGCUUGAGGAGUACGGAUGAGGGCACUGAUACAUCUGAAGUUGCAAAGGCAUAUGGUGGAGGAGGUUUCCCAUGCUCUAGCUCCUUCAUUAUUCGAAUGGAUGAGUACAACGAGUGGCUAUCGGUGAAUACAACUUAAAGAUGCCAAGCUACUCAGAUAAUUGCAGGUAAACAUGCCUUGACAGAUUCAUCAAUAUAUUUCUCCAUGCUGUCGUACAUGCUUUCUUGGCUUUGUUUAGACUUAAGAGUACUUUUGGUUCUGUUGACCCCUGCUGCUUGGCUUGUGAUAUUCUGAUGAUUUGGCUCUUCCUGAUCGUAUUUAAACACCUGAGCAUCAUGUUUUGGGAAACUGUUUAUGUGUGUGCAUGUAAAUAACCAUAUGGCAGAUUCAGUGGCUGCUCAAUGCCUCUUGAUUCUUGAAUCAGAAGAAGGAAUUUUGAAUAAGUUGUAAAUAGUUUCUUUAAUGUAUACCAUCUCCAAUUACAAGGCGUGCAAUGCAGCAAGUACAUCUUGUUGAAUUCUUUAACUGAAUAAUGUGCAUGACAUUUACCAACCCUAGUCUAUUUAGUUUGCUGGGCACCCAGCAACAUUUAUGCCUUUGGCUGUUGGGCAAGUUGCCAAUUCGCAGUGUUCACCGUUUGUACCCCACCAACUCAGUCCAAUAUCCUCCAUGCUCAAAGAAAAAUAUAAGAGGACUGCCAUGAAAGCCACCCCAGCAUCUAGUGCAGCUGAGAGGAUAUAAUUAUAUCUUUGCCACCAUUGCUUCCGGUAACGGAAGACAAAAAAGUUGAAAAUGGUACCAACAAGGAUCCAUGCAUUAUAAUUUAAGGGUGUUGCUGGUGGCAUUGCCCCUGUUGCCCCCAGAAGUACUGGUAAAUUAAUCAGAGGAAUCCAUGAUUGUUUUGGAAAUGCCUUGUGGAAUAGCCAGACCACAAUUGGCCCAAGUGCACCUCCAAGGAAGAACCAGUUCAUGGAACUAUAGUUUCCUUGAGAUCCGAAAAUCCUUUUAGGACCCACCAAGCCCCAUAUAACUGAUGCAUCAAAAAAGACCCGAUCACCAGGGCAGGUCCAAGGACUAUCAGCUGGAAGUAGAUCAUCUUGACAUAUGUUCUCUAUACUCUCUAGCAGCCACCAUGCUACUGAGAGAUUAAUAGUUCCGGCAAUGAUAGUUCCUAUGAACUUGAAUGGACAAAAGCAUAAAGUAAAGCAGAUGUCUCAGUUAAGAGUAAACUAUAAAUGGCAGUAAAUAGAAUGUUUACAGAUUAUUGUUUACCUGAACUAAGAACAUUGAUCUUGGAGGGAUCUUCAUGUAAUGCCCCAAUUUAAAAUCACUUAAAAAGGAGACAGCCUGUGCCAUGCUCAUGUAGCCGUAGGUUUUGAAGCACACAUUGGCUAUUGGUCUCCCUGGUAAUAUAAUUCCCAUAAUAUACUCCGUGAUUAUAUUCAAUCCUGGUGUCUGCAUGUGAUUGAUAGAAAAUUAUUUAUGAUUGGGGAAAAUGGCCAAGUACAGCAACUUUACAUGCAUGAUUUUCAAAGUCUAGCACCACGGAGUUAUUUGAUCUAUGUAUGCCUCUAUGAACGUAAUGCAGAACUUUAUUGAUAUACACAUGUGAAUUUCCUUUGAAAUUUUAAUGCAGAGCUCGAGAUGUUCUCGUGGCAAUGAAUGUGUACUAAUAAUCGCCAAAAUUUGGUGUACAUAAACUUUCUGCUUAAUAACCUGAUUGGUAGUUGCAGUUAUAAUGCUGAUCGGAAGGGUGAAGAUGAAGGCAAUGACACAAGCAAAAAGGAGGCCCCACCAUGGCAUCUGCACUUGAUCGUUCAAGAAGAUGCAUAAUACAAGCGAGACUGCCACUGUUACUACAAGCAACAAAUAGAACCACCAGGAAGGUUAACGACAAAUCCUAUAUUUUGUUUAUUGGCAGUCUGGCACCUAACAAAUGCAGCUCUCUGUAUCCUGGCCCCUCUUUGUCAAAUGAGGACACUGUUGCUGAGCACAUAAAUUCAAAUCUAUUCAUCUGGUCCACAGUCCACAUCCUAUAAUUCUGGUUGGCUACAACAACUUGACCAAACUCUGAUUCUAAUUUCCUGAAAAAGAUGCUUACUGCAAGUUGUUCUGUUAGCUGUAAAGAAUGUUAUUUUAAAGCAAGAGCUUAUAAUCAUCAGACCUGCAUGUGACCUAUGGGUUAUUUGUAAUUAUUUGUAAUAUUAUAUGUCUUUGUGAAAGUGAAUCUUUGCGUGGUUCAUUAUUUUAACAGUUUUACCUGGGUAAAUAUUUGUUUUGAUAAUAACAUUUGUUUUUUUU